UGUGCAGCGUCUCCCGUUACCGGCUUGGUUGAGCAGGCGUGCCCUCUCUGAUCCAGGUGCCACGGCCUCUGGGCCAGGAUGUCAGGUUUUGGUCUUGUUUCCAGUUUUUAUUUUAAAGGGUCUUAGUUUGUCAUCCAUGUUUUGGUUCCAGUUUCCUGUUUUAUUUUGUAGGCACUUCUGUUUCUGGUUAUACCACAGCAGUUCCCACUUUACUUCCGGUUUUCAGUUCACGCACCUGUGUCUCAUCUGUCAUUACUCACCAGGACAUUCAAACACCACCUGUUACCUCAGUUAUCCACCAGAUUGUUGAAUCCAUGACUUCACUUUCCAGCAUUCUCUCGUUCAGCUUACCCCGUUGCUGACCUGCUUCCGUGUUCCUGAUUACCGCUUCUCGUCUGAUCCUGACCGGUACUGUAAACUCGUUGUUUUCGUUGCUGAACUCUGCCUGUUUACUGGAACUGCCUUAGUCUGCCGAGUCAAUCUUGGAAAUCUGAGCCCUCUGGUUUUGACCCACGACCGCUAUUGAGACCGAUCACGCCUGCCCCUCCUGUACUUCUAUUCCUUGUUUUUGCCGUGCAUGAUCUGGACCGUCUGUGACUACAGGAACUGCAUUAAACCCUUGGACUGUACCAUCUGUCUGUCGUCUGGUCGCUGUGCAUGUGGGUCCGAUCUCUGCCAUAACCUGACACAGGAAUCGUCGCCCGCGGUGAUGAUGACGGCUCGGGGUCAGCAAAGUAACAGUCAGCCAGGCUGGACUUUCAAAACGUCAGCGCUACUUAAACAAGCCCAUUAAGCAAACGGGCUGGAAUCUUAUUUAAUAAAUUAAAUCACAAAUAGCGAGUCAAUUAAGGACGGUUGGUUAUCGUUUCAGUUUCUUGAUGACUUCUAAAGUAACAAAAUCACUGCUCGUUCGUAUGUCUACAUUUACAAAGUUCAAGAACAAAGUAAAGAAAAGUAAUGCAGCGCAAAAGGAAAAAUGAAAGUUUAAAGAUAGAGGGAACUCUAAAAGAAAGGCAUAGUAAAAAAAGCAGAAGCCGAAGUAAAAGCAUAAGAAGUGUUUCUACUAGGGUGUCAGUGGUUUAAACUAGCAUGCCUGGAUUUCUUUUACUCCCCUCAUGAACCUAAAGGGCAGUCAAAACUCUGCGAAGGUAUACCUGACAUCCUAACUCAGGUGUGAAUUGCUCCCUUUGUUACGUAAAAGGGCCACCACAGGGGGGAGCUGGGAGCUGUGGUGGAGGGAACUGACCGACUUCAACAAAACCUGUGUGAACCUCUGUUUCACUUUGCCAUCUCAGGGAGACAUCAACACACCUGAGGUGUUUUCUUUUGGGACAUUUGUUAAUAAAAAUAACAUUUUUACACAAAUGCAAAUAAUAAAAGGCAUGUGACCCAACCAAAAACACACACUAAAUAAACAUGACAACAGAAAACCCUGGAAGCAGCGGAUGAAUAAGUAAAAAUUAAUAAUACAAAGUGAGUGAAUACAUUUCAAUUACUUACUGCUCUUUUCAGAGCAAAAAAAUAUACUUUGGUCAUUAGUGCCCAGGCCAGGGAUCAAACCACCAACCUUUGGAACUCAAGGUAAGUGCUCUACCAAGUGAACUAUGAAGCUAGCACAAUGACUCUCCCACUCUGGCUAAGCUAUUGUUUACAUGCAUUGAAUACAAGUGGGCGCGCUCUUCUUUCUGUAACAGAAACACACAGGAACACACAAGAUUUUGUGCUUCCUUCUGACAGACCUCAGACCUAUUGGGCCCUAUUGGACCCCACAGUACCAGGGUUUUUGCUGUGUGUUUUCGUGUCUCCAUGAAAGGACCACAGCACAGCCUGUGACAGGGCUGGUGAACACAGGCUCACACAAAAUUCUGUGCUUCCCUCUGACAGACCUCAGACCUAUUGGGCCUUAUUUGGGCCUAUUGGGCCCCACAGUACCAGUGUUGGUUCUGUGUGUUUUCAUGUCUCCAUGAGAGGACCACAGCACAGCCUGUGACAGGGCUGAUGAACACAGGCUCACACACAAGAUUCCGUGCUUCCUUCUAACAGACCUCAGACCUAUUGGGCAUUAUUUGGGCCCCACAGUACCAGUGUUGGUUCUGUGUGUUUUCAUGUCUCCAUGAGAGGACCACAGCCUCUGUCAGGCCUGUGUCAGGACUGAGAAACACAGACUCACACAGGUUUUGUUGAAGUGGCUUAGCGUGUCUCCCCCCUGUGGUGCGCAGGUAACGGCCCCGUUAGCAGAACAAUGGCAGCCGAUCAGGUAAGGCAGCAUACGAAUCGACUGCCUCGUAGGUAGUCCUCCCAAAGUGAGAGUUGGCUGCUCCGUAGGUAGUCUUUAAUACCCCAGGGGCCGUGGUCACUGUUGAGGAGGAAUGAGUUUAUCCAGGGAGUUCCUCUUCAGAUCAGGUAUCAAACUACUACUACAAGAAAAAGACAAAAAUUGAGAAAAAGCAAAUUAAAAUAAACGGGAGAGCAGAACAUACACCAGUUCCUGGUUCAAUGCAUGAUCCAUUCAUUUUAAUGAAUAAUAGUUCGAAACGGAUUUGAAUCUGAAGUUUUUCUACUCAUGCAGUUUUCUGGAUUUGAACCAAGUUUAGGAGGAAAUCAAGGCACGUCUUUAAUUGAGGCCCGAGGUCACGUGGGUUGGAGUUGGCAGCUCACUGUUUGCUCUCCACCUCCAGUUACCGUAAACCAGGCAAAUACUUUCUGGGUCAGAGCACGAUUCCAGUAAAGGGCAUUUUGAGAAAACACAAAAGGUGAAAAAGGUUGUUGGACUGUAUUUUCAGACCUCAUCAUGACAAAUAUUGAGUAAUACUUGAGUUGUCUUAAUUUGUACCCUAAUCUGUUGUUUCCUCUGCAGGCUGUCAGUCACUGUAGGAGCUUCACCACAGCACAAAGCUGUCUGCUGCUGUCUGCAAGUGUGCAGACUUGAUGCUUCUCCCCAUCACAGCAUUGUAUGAUGUGAAGCAUGACGUUGGCACUAGAGGGGUGCUGGUGGCUGCAGGGAGCCUAGCAGGCUUUCCUGGUUUUAACAGACUGUACUUAGUAGAAACUCUGUGCCUUAUAGAGGAGUGUAUGCGCUGCAACGGUGACGACUACAGAGGAAAAAUCUCCAUCACUGACAACAGCCUCACCUGCCAACACUGGGACUCCCAGACACCUCAUAAGCAUGACUACACCCCCAGCGCUCAUCUAAACAAGCAUCUUGAAGAAAACUACUGUCGUAAUCCAGAUGGAGACCUCAGACCGUGGCGCUUCACCACCAGGCCAAGUCAUCGCAAGGAAUACUGCUCUAUUCCUCGCUGUACCUCUAAGCCUCCAUCCGUCGUUCCAGAGGUCGAGUGUUUCACAGGUACAGGCAAAGCGUACAGAGGAACAAUCUCUGUGACCAAGUCUGGGAAAACCUGCCGUAGGUGGUCAAGUCUGUUGUACCGAAACAGCUAUACUCCAGACAACUACCCCUGCAAUGACCUACCUGUCGUAACCCUGGUGGGACAGACAGGCCCUGGUGUUACUUCACUGUCAUUUACAAGGAGCACUGUGCUGUGCCGAGAUGUGUGAAUGCAUCCAGAUCAGGUGACAAUGAUGACUAAUAAUGUCUUAAGAGCAGUAGAUGUACUGUAGAUAUGAUUUAUGAUAAAUAUCAGCUCUUCUAUAAAUGUAUUACUAAACUAAUAGGUUGCCCAAUCUGAGUAAAGGAUUAAUUAAUAAACUGUGAUGUAGUGUCAGGUUUAAGAUAUGCAUCUAUUGUAAUCUGGUCCACACUUUUGUGAAAACACAAUUGUAAGAAAUAAAAUAUAAUUUUUU